AUGAUUGGACAGCCUGUACAAAGGAAGCUUGUCAAAGGCACAAGUCAGUUCUACAUGCGCUAUAACCCUAAGACAGUCUUACCACCAGUUGCCAGUCGAUAUAUCCUCUCUGAGACACAUCCCAUCCGGCCCAAGAUCCAGCACCUGUACGCCAACCGGGAUCCUAGUACACUGUGGUGGAGGGUGAAUCCACAACCGCUGCAGUCAUUCAAGCGCGUGGUUCGCUCAUGGGCUACGAGGCGUGUCCGCUUGGCGUUCCGACAGGCCCUGGCAGCACAAGGGUUCGACGUCGAAGGCAGAAGGUUGGUGUCAGAGACGCCGGGAUCUGCGGCCAUGAGAUCAAACGACGGUCUCCAGGGUAGCCUCGAGAUCGCUGUCCUACCGCAGAGUGUGAAGGUGGGAUACGACAGUGUUCGGAAGGAGAUGGAUUAUCUCCUAAGAACGUUGCUGAGGCAUUUGAGAGACGGCAAGAAGCAGACAAAUACUACUCGCAGGCGGGAGCAAGAUCAUAAAGAAAUGCCCACAAAUACUAGUUAA